AUGGUACCUCCUACCCUUCUACUGAUAGUGCAAAAUAAAUCCAGUGAUUAUGUUGCUAGCUUUAUUGAGGAUCAGGAAUAUGAAAAUUAUGAAAAUAUUCAAUUUAUUGUACAUAAUUUAAUAAAGUUUUUUGAAAGUCCAGAAAGUUGCAAAUGUUCUGAAGAAGAAAAAGAUAUUAGAACUUGCUUUGAAAGAAUUGGAUUUAAAAAGUUUUUUGAAAGACAUUUUCAAAUUAUUAAUCUAAACAGCAAAGAAUUAGAUUUGUUUUUAAAAGCACAACUUUUAGCAAUGGAAAUAGAGAAUAAAAAUUAUAAAAAAUCUUCUGAAAAGAUCCAACAAAGGAUAAACUAUAGAUAUUGUUUUAAUUCAACCUAUGCUCUUUGUAAAACAGCAUUUUUAAAGCUAUACAAUAUAAGUGAUUCUAAAUUCAAUAAUGUUCUAAAGCAUUUGCAUGAUGAAGGAAUAAGUGAACGAAUUCAUGGAAAUACAGGAAGAGCUCCUAUACAUAAAACUAAAAAUACUUCCAAUUACACUACUUUGGAUUUCUUUUACUUUAAAGGAGGAAUUGAUUCUGGCAUUAGAUUAUCAAGAAUUGAAAAUUUUCCUAUAAAUGGUUAUUCCUUUUUCACUUGGAUAAAAUUGGAUUCUCAUUCAAAUCCAAAAGCCUUUAAUAACAAAAAUAUUAAAAAUAAUGAUUAUUUUCCACGAUUAUUUUCAUUCUUCAAAGAAAAUGGUGAUGGAAUUGAAGCAUACUUUGAUAAAAACAAAUUAUCAAUUCAAUCUAAAAAAGGCACCAAGGUUAAAACAAUUACUGUGAAAACUUUUAUUUUUGCACAGAACAAAUUGUACUUUGUUACUAUUGUGCAUCAUCCCUCAAAAAAAGGAUGGACUACAACACCUGCUGAACUAUCAAUAGUUAUAAAUGGAGAUAGUUGUUUUGAAUAUCAUUUAGAAUAUCCAACAACAAAUUCUUCUUCUACUACUGCUACUCAUUCAUUUAACUAUUGUGCUAUAGGUGCUUCUUUAGACAUUGGCUCUUUACAAAAUGUUGAUCUUUCUAAUAAAUCUAGAUCAUUUAAUACCAACAAUAACAAUAAUAACAACAAUCUUUGUAAUGGUUUUAGAGGUCAAAUGACUACAAUUUAUAUGAUAUCAGAUACCCUAAACAAAGAGCAAAUAAGGAUACUAUAUGAACUUGCGCCUGCUGAAAAAUUAUUUAGUGGAAUUUUUUACAAUCAAAAAAUCCUAUUUAGUUUUAAUGUUAAAGCUUCUUCAUCAAAAGAUCAAAGUUGUUAUAAUUUAGCAUCUACAAAUUUAAUAGAGGCUAAAAUGUUUGGAGUUGAAAAAUGUUCUACACUAAGUAUACAGAAUGCGAUACAAUGUCUAGGUGACAUAGAGAUUUUAUUUCCUAUUAUCAUGCAGUUUGACAGUCUAAAUUCCAUUGCUUUUCAAGCAAUAGACGAAUUACAAGAUGAUUUUUUCUCCUUUGAAGGCCCAUGUAGAGUUUUCUAA